AUGUACGAUGAACAGGGUGCAGAAGGAAUUCAAUCCAGGAUUAAGAUAAUUUUGAAAAGAGUAGGGGUAUGUAAAGCUCAAAAUACACUUAUAAAAAAGUUGCUAGUCACAUAUUUACACCGACCACAGGAAAUUAACAAGGCAGAAGAUCACCUGCAGAAAUAUCUUGAGUUAUUCAAAGACUUCCAAGAACAGUUGGAAGAACUAGAAACAUUAGACAAAGAGGACCAGCAUGAUCAGAUAGGAAUCAGAUGUAAAGUAGAAGGCAAGUAUUUAGAAAUAUUCGCAGAAUACGAAAAAUUGAAGGCCAUGGCUAGAGGAGAAACAACUUCAGAUGUCCGGUCAAUAUCAGAAGCCGUCACAGAGUCGACCAUUAUUCAUCGACGAAGAUUAAAGUUGCUCGAAUCGGCAUUGCCCACCUUCAACGGGGAAUAUGAAAAUUGGAUAUCAUUCAAGGCAGAAUACGAAGCAAUGAUACACAAUGAAAUUGAUAUCAGUGAUGUAGACAAGUUUACUUAUCUUCGUCGCGUCACUACUGGUCCAGCACAUGAUAAAAUGAAGGUUCUUGCUAUCACUGCAGACAAUUAUAGUCGUGCCUGGGCACUUCUCGAUAAGACAUAUUCAGAUCAACGACUCAUAAUCUCGAGGCACAUUAAUCUGCUUUUGGAUAUCCCAGAAGAAGACCAUGAAACAGCUAGUGGAUUAUCAAAACUAGUUGACGAAACAAGACAACACAAAGAGAUGCUCAGAUCCAUGGGUGUAGAAAUAAAUGAAGAACUUUUAGUUACUCUUUUGGAGCGAAAGCUAUUUCGAACCACUGCAUACAAUUGGGAUGAGACAAUAGAACAAGGAAUUUUCCCCAAACUCGACGACCUGCUAGAAUUUCUCUCGCGAAGAGCUGCAUGCUUGAUUAAUUGA